ACCAUACCGCCCGAAAUCAACGUCACCAUGGAUGUGUCUGCUCUUUCUGGGCCAAAUUUUAGUCCUGCCGAGUGGAUAAACGCCAACUACAAGAAGUUCGUGGAGGAAAAUGGACGCGACGACAGCGAUGCCGCCUCCUCCUUCAUCCGGAGCUACGUGCCCAAGUUGCAGCUGUACAUAUUCAACGUUAACAAUGCCGUAGAGGAGUCCAGCCGGCAGGUGGUGGCCAGCAUGCCCCGGAUCGCCAAAGAGUCCGUCGCUCUCCAGGGAGAGGUUCGCCGUUUGCAGGAGAAGAUGAGUGCCAUGCGACUGGAGGUGGCAGCAGUGCAAAGCGAAACGGGAGAGUGCAUGGCCACCUUGGAACGGUUGAACACUAAGAGUCAGCGCCUGCAGGUGGCCAAGGAGUCGCUACAGGAGUCGGAUGGAUGGGGGAACCUUCUAGCCGAGCUGGAGGAUGGCUUCGAGCGCAAUGAUCUAAAGGGGGUUUGCGACAAGCUGAUGGCCCUGCAAAAGUCACUGGUCGCGCAGGAACAGUUGCCUGGACAUGCCGAGCGUCUCACUCAAGUGGAGGACUUUAAGAAUCGCUUGGAGGCACUGGCAUCGCCCAGCGUGGUGCAAUGCUUCGCCGAGGGCAACCUAGAGCAGGCCCAGCACUACGUCCAGAUCUUCACAAGCAUCCAGCGAUUGCCGCAACUCCAGCAGUACUAUCGAGCUGUCCAAAAGAACUUCUGGCAGCAGCAGUGGAAGCAAACUCUGGAACUGCAGGGAACGGAGACGCAGCCACAGCAUCAGCAGUUCCUCACCUUGUACUACGAUCAGCUGCUGGAACACUGUCAGCGCCAGGUCAAGUGGUGCACAAACCUCUUUGGUGAGGAAUGCAUGCAGCCCUUUCUGGUGAUUGCAGAGCUGCUGCCGGCACUGCAACCCACUCGGGAUGCGCAUAUACUGCAGCUUUUGAAGACCUCCAAUGAGAGGUUGGAGAUGCUGGCCCUGUUCGCCCAAGUAAAUCAUAGCUUUGUGCUGCAUCUGAACUCCUUGCUUGAGCAAUCGCACAUUACCUUGCCCGAGGAGCUGCAUCGUCUGCUGGGCGAGGCGGUGUUCGAGUAUUUCCACAAGUUCAUUCAGCAAUAUCCGCGACUGGAGGAGACCCAGUUGUCGACCCAGGUGGAUCGGCUGUCCUCCAACCAGGCUACUCCCAGUGAUGGCGUCCGUCACCUGGAGGAGAGCACCAGGAAGCUCUACGAGUGGCUGAAGGAGGCCUGCGAGCGAUGUGCUUCCAUAACCAGUGACCUGGCCCUGUGCAAGCUCAUAACCCUGUUGAAUGGUAUCUUCAAGCGGCAAUUGGAGAGCUUCGGUCGCAUUCAGCGGCAGAUUGGACUGAGCUUGGGAUCAAGCAGUUAUGCGGCGCAGAGCGAGAACUGGUCGCUGCUGCAAUACACCAUGUCGCAGCUGCAGUGCCUGGCCGAUUUUCAACAGCAGCUCCAUCAAUUCGAGCAGGAUUUGCACACACGCAUGGCUAAUCUAGCCAAUCGACUGGCCAAGCCAUCCAGCCGAGGACCCAUCACCAUUUUCCAGACCUGCGAUCAUGCGGCUCGCACUCAGCUGCUGAACAGCAUAGCUGACUAUCAGCAAAAGAAGUCGGAGGCCACCGACAGCCUUGGAAUCUUUCCGCAGAUCUACACGACUCUCAAGAGUCAUUUUACCGAAACCCACGACAUUACGCUGAAUAUAUUGCUGCAGCCAAUCGAGACACAUCUGGCGCAUAUUCGUCCACCGGUGGAGGAGCACGCGGCGUCGGGCAUUGAGAUGCCAUCGUUUAGCUUUGCUCCGCAAGAGAGCAUCACCCAGAUUGGCCAGUACCUGCUCACCUUGCCGCAGCACCUGGAGCCACUGCUGCUGUCGCCAUCCUCCUUGCUAAAGCAGGCUCUGGAGGUGUGCAACAUUAAGUAUACCCAAGCCAUUCCCUGUGCCGAUGUCCUGCUGUCCCUCGUCGUGGAGCAGUGCUGCGUGUUGUACCAGACACAGAUCCUGCAAAUCAAGUCGCUGCCUCCUUCGGCUGCCACACAGCUUAGUGUGGACAUCGAGUACCUGUCCAACGUGCUCGAGGAGCUGGGCUUGUCCAUCAACUUGCAGCUGUCCCAGAUUCUAACGCUGCUUAAGGCCGCUCCGGAUCAGUAUCUGACUCUGAGCAGUGGCUGUGAGCCGCGUCUGGUCACGGCCAUUCGGCAAAUGCGCAAUAUUAUAUCUACACAGUAUGAUAAGGCCCACCUUACGCUCCAACUCCAAGUGCUGUCUCUAUACAAAGGCAUAUCAAAUGUUUAAACAAGUGUCCGGAACCUAG